UUUAGCGGCGGCAGCGAGAAGUGUCCCUGCGCUAGGUGCUGAGCUUGACUCCAGCGCUGCGCGCCUUCUCCAGGAAGAACUGCAGCGGGGAGAAAUGGCCAGGAGGUUGCUGCCAGCCCAGGUUCAGGAGCCCGUGACCUUCAGGGAUGUGGCUGUGCUCUUCAGCCAGGACGAGUGGCUGCAACUGGACCCUGGGCAGAGACGCUUGUACCGGGAGGUCAUGCUGGAGAACUACAGCAACCUGGUCUCCCUGGGGAUUCUGUUUUCCAAGCCAGAGGUCAUCUCCCAGUUAGAGCAGACAGGAGGCACCCAGGUGGUAGGAACCGGAGCACCUCGAGGUGUGUACCUAGGAUGGGAGAGCUUCUUUGAAACCACAAUUUCCAAAGAGGCAAAUCAGGAAGCCAUAAAAAACUUCCUAUUGGAUGGUCCUGUGGACUUCAAGUUUGGUAAAACCUACAUCAGUGAGGACAAGUUUGAGAAACAACAAGGUAGAAAGAACAAACUUCUCAGGAAAGUAUUAGUUACCAUCAAAAACACAUACAUGAAAGAGAAGAACUUUAAAAGUGUUGAAGGUGGGAAAACCCUUGAUCCCAAACCAUUGUCACUUACUAGAAAACCUGGACUUGUUUCCAGAGGAAGAAAACCCCGUUCACAGCAGUAUUCAGUUCUAUUUAAACAACUGGGAGUCAACACAGUCCGUAAAUGUUAUAAGUGUAAUAUCUGUGGAAAAAUUUUCCUCCAUAGUUCUUCCCUGAGUAAACAUCAGAGGAUCCAUACCGGAGAGAAGCUCUACAAAUGUAAAGAAUGUAGGAAGGCCUUCAGCCAAAGCUCAUCACUGACACAGCACCUGAGAGUCCACACGGGAGAGAAGCCUUACAUAUGCCAUGAAUGUGGGAAGGCCUUUAGUUUCACUACCUCUCUUAUUGGGCACCAGAGAAUGCACACUGGAGAAAGACCCUAUAAAUGUAAGGAAUGUGGCAAAACAUUUAAAGGUAGCUCAUCUCUUAACAAUCACCAGCGAAUUCAUACUGGAGAAAAGCCCUAUAAAUGUAAUGAAUGUGGAAGAGCCUUUAGUCAGUGCUCAUCUCUUAUCCAGCAUCAUAGAAUUCAUACUGGAGAGAAACCAUAUGAGUGUAGUCAUUGUGGGAAAGCCUUCACUUCAAUAUCACGGCUGAGUAGACACCACCGAAUUCACACUGGAGAGAAGCCCUUUCGCUGCAAUGAAUGUGGGAAAGUAUUCAGUUACCACUCAGCCCUUAUUAUACAUCAGAGAAUUCACACUGGUGAGAAACUAUAUGCAUGUAAAGAAUGUGGGAAAGCUUUUAGCCAAAGCUCAGCACUUAUCCAACAUCAGAGAAUUCACACUGGAGAAAAGCCCUACAAGUGUGAUGAAUGUGGAAAGGCCUUUUCCUGGAUCUCACGGCUUAACAUACACCACAGAAUUCACACUGGAGAGAAACCGUAUCAUUGCAAAGAGUGUGGGAAAGCUUUCAGUUCCCACUCAGCAGUGAAUACUCAUCGAAAAAUUCAUACUGGAGAGAAACCUUAUAAAUGUAAUGACUGUGAAAAAGCCUUUAACCAAAGCUCAGCCCUAAUUCAGCAUCAGAGAAUCCAUACUGGAGAAAAACCAUUCAACUGUAAAGUGUGUGGGAAAGCUUUCAGACAGAGCUCAUCCCUGAUGACACAUACGAGAAUUCACACUGGAGAAAAGCCUUAUAAAUGCAAAGAAUGUGGGAAAGCAUUUAGUCAGAGUUCGUCUCUUACUAAUCAUCAGAGGCUCAUAAUUGAGAAAAACUGUAUGAGUAAAAUGCAUGUGGGAGAUAUUCCAGGUGAAAUCCACUCCAUACUUAAUAUCAAAGAAUUCAUCCUGGAGAGAACAUGAUGAAUAGUUAGGUAAUUGUGGGUAAAAAUUCAUAGGUAGACUUCAUCAAACACAUCAUGCAGGAUAAACUUGGGAAUAUUAAGGAUUGAUAAAAUGUUUUUAUAUGUUCUUAAGUUACUGACUAUAAAACAGAUUGUCUGAGAUUAGAGGACUAGCAUUUUACCUGAUGUUUAACUGCUGCCAGCUUUCACAGGUAUCACUGUAAAAUCCCGGUAAAAGUGCAGCUAUCAGUUCAGGAAUUUAUUUUUUUCAAACUGCAUCUAGAUCUAAUUUAAUGCAAACCCAUUAGAUUA